GAUGAACGAUGGGGAAAAACGAUGAUGGAGAAGAUGGAGAAGGAAGACGAAGAAGAUGGAAAAUGGAGGCGGAGAAGAUGGAGAAGCAUAAUGUGACGAUGGAGAACAAAAUGACAAUUGAGAAGGAUGAUGGAAAAGAUAGAGGAGGAAGAUGGAGAAGAUGGCAAAGGAAGAUGGAGAAGAUGGAGAAGAUGGCGAAGGAAGAUGGAGAAGACAGAGAAGAUGGAGAAGCAAAAUGUGACGAUGGAGAACAAAAUGACGAUCGAGAAGGACGAUGGAGAAGAUAGAGAAGGAAGAUGGACAAGAUGGAGAAGGAAGUUGGAGAAGAUGGAGAAGGAAGAUGGAGAAGAUGGAGAAGGACGAUGUGACGAUGGAGAAGGAAGAUGGAGAAGAUGGAGAAGGAAGAUGAAGAAGAUGGAGAAGAUGAAGAAGGAAGAUGGAGAAGAUGGAGAAGGAAUAUGGUGAUGAUGGAGAAGGAAGAUGGAGAAGGAAGAUGUGACGAUCGCAAACGAAAUGCUCGGGUGAUUAAUGAUGGGCGCACGAUGGCUGAUAGGGCGUUUUGUCUAGGCUAGCAGCAGAGCGGCAUGGUCUCCUUGUAUUCGCAAAAUCAAGAACACAAGUUGUC